GUGUCCCGCUGUAGGACAGUCUGUCUGGACUCGGGAGGAAAAGCGCUGCACUGUUACAACUCCCAGGAUUUACACUCUGCCAUUUUGAGGAAAACCGACCGACAUCAGCGCUCAGACGCGUCGAAUUAAACACAAGUCAUGACCUGAAAUAAGUGAACUACCUCUGUGAAUUCAUUUAGCACAGUCUCAUUUCUGUACUGCCUGCUGGAGAGCCCAGGAAGAGAUGGCAGACUGGAAAUGAGUGUGAAAGACUGUCAGUAACCCCUGUGGAGAACUCAUCCUUCUCCCUGGCCGUCUCUUUGAACCAAAGCUGCGGGAUUCUAGGAGAAGGCAUCUGAAGUGGGGGGGACAGUUAACCCAACAAAGGAGGACUUGUUGUCUUUAACCAUUCAUCAGUCCUCUUCAGCCAUGUGUUCCACAAAUCACUCAAACUGGGUCACAUUUGAAGAUGACAACAUGCCCCUCUCAUCACCUCAGAAGCCCUUACAGUCACAAGGGCUUAUCAAAGCAUCAGUACCGCGUCCCAAUGGCUUGAAAUUAGUGCUUCCUCCAAUCAGAGAUACUUCCUGGAGCAUGAGUAGUUCCCUGGAAUCCCCUCAAAGCCACUCGAGUGUUAGCAGAAGCUCCUGUGUACCAUGUAAUGUGCCCUUUUGCACUCCUGUGAGUGGGGUUCCUAGCAGUGUGCCCCAGUUUAACUCCAACACGUGGGAAAAGAACGACUUCUUCCGGAGUCUCUCCAGCACUUCGACCACCUCUGUUCCUUCUCCUGCACCAGAGGCCGUGAAUCAAACCUCAGAUGGACCAAGCCCUUUUCCUUCUUUCCAGGGAAACUCAGGACACUAUAACCCCUUCUGGGGUGGAUCUACACUCAGCGCAGAUGUGGGCAGCUCCUCCUCAGACUCGGAAUCUGACAACAGUCUACCGCGUUUCUUUAUUCGGACCAAAGACGGCAGUGAGCCUUCACGCGACCAACUCCAGAACUUCUCCUACGUUUGCUCCAAAUUGGAAGACCUACGAGCAGAAAUUGACCACGAAACAGAGACAGAAAAAGAUGGGGAGAGGCGGCUAAGUUGCAAAGAUGAGGUGCUAAGCGAUGGUUCAUCUCAGUUCGUUCCCCGGGGUCUCUUUCGUAGCCAGAAGAGAGACGGCUGGUCUGUCAUGCUCAGGAUUCCAGAAAAAAAGAACCGCAUGUCCUCGCGGCAGUGGGGGCCGAUCUAUCUCCGCUUGCUGCCAGGAGGUGUGCUGCAGAUGUACUAUGAGAAAGGGCUGGAGAAGCCGUUCAAGGAGUUCCAGCUUCUCCCUCAGUGUAGGCUCUCGGAUCUGAAGCUCGAAAGCUACGGCGAACCCCGUAAAGUGGUCUCGCUCAAGGUGGAGCAUUUCUCGUACACGGAAAAGAAACGCUACCACCCUAAGUUGGAGGUUAGUCAUGAGGCGGAGGUAGAGCAGCUGCUCAAGUUUGGCUCCACAGUGCAUGACGACAUGGAGGACCUGGUAGUCUCCAUGGAAGAGGAAAUCUUUAAACUGAAUAUGCCCCACCAGCAGAGGCGGCACUAUGAGGAGCAGGAGCUGUCAAUGCAGAUCACUGAUCAUAUCUGGGUACAACUGGAUAAGUGUGGAGGAGUCAUGGAGCGGGCAGCCUUCACCCAAAUUCACUGUCUGGCUUUUCUGAAUGGACUAGGGGAUUGUUUCCUUGCCCUUAACGAUCUCGGGCUGCUGCGCAUUGACUCCAGCUACGGGUCUGAGGAGGGCAGUGAACUCUGGAUGGAGAUCACCGACUGCCACUUUCACAAAUGCGUGAAUGAGACGGAGUUUCAGAGGUCCCGGCUAAUUAAGUUCUUCCCUCCUGAGGCCUGCAGGGUGGAGCUGAUGCGGUACAAGACGGCGAUUUUGGGUUGCACGGAGAUUCCCUUCUCGAUCAAAGCUGUGGUGACAGUACAAGGUGCCUAUGUGGAGCUCCAGGCCUUUCUUAACAUGUCUGCCACCUUCCUUUCCUCCAUGGGGGUGUCUGACACAUACCCACUGUGUGAGAAUGUAGUGAUCCGUGUGCCGGUGCCGGGCGACUGGAUCAAAGUGACACAGACCGUGGCCUUACUGCGACAGAGGUCACUGAAGGCCCGUAUGAACAGAAAUGCCUGCUUGGGCUCCAUCAGUGCUGCAGACUCUCAGCCUGUCAUGCAGGUUACAGUCGGCACUGUCAAGUAUGAGAAUGUAUAUUCAGCCAUCGUCUGGCGGAUCGACAGACUGCCUGCAAAGAAUACGGCAGUGGAUCAUCCCCAUUCAUUUUCCUGCAAGCUAGAGCUGGGAUCUGAUCAAGAGAUCCCAAGUGACUGGUACCCUUUUGUCACGAUGGAAUGUGAAAUUAUGGGCGCUGUUGUGUCACAGACCAGGGUGAAGUCACUGGGUACUGCGAACGACAUCCAGCCACAGAAACACGUGACCAGCUGGACACGCUAUCAUUGUCAGGUGGAAGUGGAGAGGAAAUGGAUUGAAACAGAGUCGCAGAGGCAAUCUGGCUGUAUGACACAAUGAUUAUUAAAGAAGCUUUGAAGAGGACAUUAUCCCUUUGGACCAGGAUAUUUGCCAAAAUCGUCUUAAUGGUGAAAAGGGAUAACCAAAAUUGAACAAAAGCAAGGGUGAUGAGGGACUUUCUGCUUAUAUCUGGUGUCAGAUUCAUCUAAUUAAACAUAGCCUGGUUAUAUUUCUCAUGGAUGUUAGCUGAUUUUGUAUCCUUUAAACUGAGACUGAAUUAGUCUAGACCUAAUAAACAAUUUAACACGGCCCUUUUGCCUAGCACUUUACAUUUAAUAGAUGUAUUAACUAAGAUUACAGUUUAUAUGAGUAGUGUAUACAAGCUUGCAUUUGCAUCAUCUGCACUGCCCUCCAGAAUGUUUGGCAACCGUAGUAAAUGCCUUAAUAAAUGAAUGCGGACGGGCUGUAUGAGAUAAACAGCUUAAGUAAUGAGCAAUAUUCACUGUUUGAGAAAGGCUUAUCAGCAGAUGUUUAGGGUCAGUCGCUUUUGUUGCCCAGCAAUGUUUAAAGUUCACAUACUUAGACACUCAAUCAUUAAGGUAUGAAUCCUCCACGUGUACUAAAAUGUGGCAGUGGGAAGAUGAUUUUUGAUUGCUGUGCUCUAAAAACCUCAAUAAGUUUCAGUCCAUAUGUAGGUAACCCCAUGUAUCAGGAAGUGUCAGAAAAAAACAAUGUAAAAAAAAAUGUGGAAAAAGGACUACUGUAAUGUAAUUAUUGUUACACAAAAUAACGUUGGUUCAAAAGUGGGUCACACCAUGCUGAGCCCCACAGAGCAGCAUUUGUCUUAAGUGACUUAAUCACAGUUAUUAGAACAAUUUGGUUGAAUUGACUCGGGCCAUGCUUAUUAGCAGCCUUUUUCAGCAAUGAAACUCUCUGAUCAAAGGUUCCAAGCAACAUGAGACAAACGGAUAAUUAAAUCAUUUUUACAAGUGCAUUUCCCCAAAAGCUACAAAAUGAUUUCUUAAAUGAACAACAACUGUCGUGCUUUUGACAAAUACAAAGUGCAUUCACAAAGAGAAACAGCAGUUGCAGUUUGAAAGCAACCCAACAGCAUAAUAACCAACUGACUACAACCUAUUAUGGCCAGCCUUUUGUAGCGUUAUAUGAUUCAUUGAUUUCAUUAUUUUUUUUUUCCCACAUAGAAUACAACUCAUUGCUUUUGCUGCUUACCUCAAGAUGACCUUUGACUUCAUACUAUGGUUGUAUUAUGGAGGACUGUAAUUUUAUUUAAACAUAUCAAAUCUUUAUUAUGUGAUUUUUUUGCCUCUGGGUUGUGAAUAGGUUGGAUUUAAAAAAGAAUGGGGAAGCUUCACAGUGAACAAAAGGCCUUCGAUGAUGAUUUUAUGUAUGAGGUACCUGGCUUAAGCUGGAUGUUAUGUACAUUAAGAGUAAAAAUUUUAUGAAAUCUGAA